AUGCAGCGCUUUGAGGAGCGUUUGGCCACUCAGGAGAAGCGCAUGAGCGAUUGCCGACUUCAACUUCAAACCUCCAACGAUGAAUUCUUGCAGGCUAUCAAUCGUCGGUGUGAAGUGCUGGAAAAGAUAGUUUGGGAAGGGCAAAGUGACAAAGGAGAUAUUGAGGCAGUCUUCAAAAGGUUGGCAGAGGCUGCACCAAUUAGAGAACUACAGGAUGAGAUCAAUGCUUGCAACUACGAGAAAGAGGUGCAGCGGACACGGCUCACCACCAUUGAAGCAAAGCUCUCGAAGUCAGCUGCCUUGGAAUCCAAGGUGGACUUCAUGGAAUCUCAGACGGCUCAGCAACUUGAGGAGCAGGCACAGAAGUUCCGCCAUGUCAGCGAGUUGCAGCAGAAAUUGUCACAGAAAUUGGCAUCCACCGAGGCUGCUUGCCAACGAGUCGAGUCGCAAGGAGGAUCCCUACAAGCGAAGCUGCAGUCGCAGAUGGAUGAGGAGAAGGAGCGCAUGUCCAGCAGCUUUGAAGCUCUGCAACAACGUGUGGCUAAACAGCUGGAUGAGGUUGAGAGUCGAGCAUCUCGCGGUUCCAAACGCUCGGAGCAAGACCUUGUGGAGCACAUGAAUGCCUUGGCACAGAAACUCAUGGACGAGAGUGUUGCUGCACAGAACAAGGCCGAGAAGCGGCUAAACACUGUAGAUGAGCGUUGCGACCAAGUGAUUCAGGCUGCCAGAGGCCAGAUGGAAAGGGCAGUUCAGGAUCUGAAGAUGGACGCCGAAGUGGCUAAAAAUGCCAUGGAAGCUGACUUGCAGCGCAUGGAUCGCUUUGUGCAAGAAAUCGGGUCAAAAAUGUCCACACAGGAAGGUCAGCUGUUGCGCUUGUCGGAUAUGGACAUCCAGAGGUCGCGAAUUGAGGCUGUGGAGUCCAAAAUCACUGAGGUCCAGGGGGAGCAAAGACUCCUGCGCGACCUGAAGUCCAUCGUGGAUGCCCACAAGCUACAGGCUGAUCGAAGACUGGGCGACUUGGAUACAGCACAAAGCUCCCUCGAGGAGCAGCUGCGUGAGAAGGAGCGGCGGCGAAACACGGAAGCCGACGAACAGAGGGCUCGCUUUGAAGGGCUGGACAACCGGCUGACAGAGCUUCAGGUGAGCCAGGUAAGGCAAAAAACUUCCCUGGAGAACUUGGAUGUUGCUGUGUCUGGCCUGGAGCCACUUCGCACGACAGUGACUACCCUUCAAGGCAGCCUUGCUGCAGUGGAAGAGCAGAUCAGAGCACGUGCUCAGGAGUGGUCUCAGGACAUGCAGCAAGCUUGGAACUCUCAAAACGGAGCCACGAUGAGGAUGAAUGCCCUGGCGACGGAUGUUGGAAAGCUCCAGCAAAGUUUGGAAAGUCUGAAGCUAACCACACAAACCCUUGAUGCGCGUGGAGAUACAUUGCUCUCACAUUUGUCUUCAAUGGAAGGUGUGGUGCAAUCCAUUCAAGAUCGACUUGCAGCAGGUCCUACCAGCCUUGAAGGCAGUCCACGUGCUGCCCGAGUCGAGAUUCAGGAAUUGGUGGCGAUGUCCGAAAGUCGUACUUUGCAACGCACCAAGAGUGAAGUGGAAAGUCUAAGACUUCAACUGGUGGAUUUACGCAGUUCGCUGAAUGAUGGCCUUGAUGCGAGAACGGCUGCCACCGGAGAAGUUGAGAGAAAAUCUGCAUCUUUGCACGACUCUUUGCAGGCGGUGCGUGCAGAGAUGAAUUCCCUACGCGGUGAAUCUCAAGAGGCCUCCAUUAGAGAGGCUCGCCUGGGUGCUGAGGUGCGAUCCGUCAUGGAAACGUUGAGCGUCUUCCAAUCGGAGUUGCGGGAGACGGCGGCCAAGACGGCGGGGCAAAUUGCGGACUCGGCACGUUUGGAGCAAGCGAUCUUGGUCUUGCAGCAGCACCAGAGAGCAAGCAACUUUGCCAAUAUGUCCAACAUGUCGUUCUCAGAGGCAGGAUCUCCGCACGCCCCACACGUAAGCUUUUCACCGGCCAAGCCACGAGUGGAGGAGCGACUUCGACGGGUGGAAGAUGUCUUGGACAUGUUACCGCCACAACUUCAGGAGCGACUACGGAUCCUGGAGGCGUCCUCCAGUACAUCUGAGGUGAAGACGAGUUCUGCAGCCACAGCGGCUGUGAAUGCCGUGACCUCUUCCUUGGCCCCACAGAUGGAUGAGAUGCGAUCGCGCUUUGCCCUACUGAACCAAGAACAACAAGAGUUGGAGACUCGACUGCGAAGAGCAGAGCAGAGACUCGAGCGCUCGGCAGUGCACCAACCACCUGGGACGGUUUCUCGAGAGCUGUCACCUCGGGAUCGGGAGAGCCCACGGGUCUCCGAAGAGAUCGGAGCACGACUCAGUCGACUUGAAGACCUCUUGACACUUGAUACUGUGGACACGAGUGCACUGGAGAGCUUUGCUCUACCGUCUGGGGCCACGUUGAGGGUCACGUUGAAUUGGACAGACGAAUCGAUCAAUGACGGGGACCUGCGAAGCGUACUCCAAGAGGUGGCAACAGUUGAGUUGUUGCGUAUUGAUCAUGUGGAUUAUUCCAGUCAACUUGGACCUUCAGGCACGGUUUGCUGGUUGUCAGCCUCCAGCCCGGCUGAAAGUCAAUUGCGACAGCAGCUGGAGAACCCCCAAAGUGAACUGCGCCGUCAAUUGCCUGGGCUGCAUGCAGAGGUUUCCUCAGUCUCAGCGAUUUCAGCAAGUGUCUUGGGCCCACUCACUCGACAGCUGUCUUCUCGUGUAACCAGUUUGGAAGAAGCACAACGGCAACUGGCGGUAGGUCUCUCUGGAGUGGAGCGCCAGGUUCUAAAUAUUGAAGGUCGAAUGGCAGGCAGUUUGGGAGUUACAUCCCUGUCUCGGAUGUCUCGCAACACACCAAGCUUCCCUGCAUUGUCACACUCGACACACUCUACAAGCCUUUCUCCUGAGCCGAAGCAUACAACCUUUCCAAAGCAAGCAACCUUUGCUCCGUUUGAGCCUGUCACUCGGACGUCUCGACGGGAAGCUGACGAGGACGGCUCCGUCCGCGACUUGGAUUUUGAGGGCUUGGAUGUGUCACCACAAAGAGUGAUUCAAGAGGAGAGACCCACCGCUUCACAAGAGGAGGAGAGACUGCGCGAGCAGGAAGCAGUUGAGCGAGUUCGGAGAGAGCUUGAAGAAGCUGAGGCCAAAAGGAAAGAGAGUGCAGAGCUCAAUCGAAAGCGUAUGCAAGAGGAAAUUGAAGAGCGAAGGAGACUGAAAGAAGCAGAGGAAGCUGCACGAGAAGCUGAAAGAAGGCAAAUGGAGGAGGAUAGGCAAGCUGAGCAAAGAAGAGCAGAGGAGCAGGAAGAGAGGAGACGCAAAGCAGAAGAGAUGAGACGAAAAGAGGCAGAAGAACAGAUGCGCAGAGUUGAGGAAGAAAGGCGCAGGAAGGAGGCUGAAGAACGCAGGCAAAAAGAGCAAGAAGAACAGAAACAGCGAGAUGAGGAAGAAAGGCGGAGGAAGGAGGUUGAAGAACUUAGACGACAGAGAGAGGAGGAGCAGAAAGUGAAAGAGGAAGAAGAAAGGCGCAGGAAGGAGGCUGAGGACCUCAGGCGAAGAGAAGAAGAAGAACAGAAAAGGAGAGAUGAAGAAGAAAGGCGGAGGAAGGAGGCCGAAGAACUUAGACGAAAGGAGGCAGAGCAAAAGUUAGAGGAAGCACGAAGACUAGAGGAGCAAAGAAAGGAGGAAGAAGCGAGGCAAAAACAGCAAGAGGAGGCUGCCCGUGUUGCAGUGACCCAACCGAAGCAACCACACACGCCAACAUCAGCAUCUCAGGUUGCAAAGCCUGGCUUUGACAAGCCUCGCCGGGCACGAGUCACGGGUGCACCUGCAACGGCAAGGGCAUCUGCAAAAUCCAAGGAAGAAGACAUGCAGAAGGUCUUCAAUGCUAUCGGUCCAACCAGCGGGGUCUUGACUCUGGAAGAUUUGCAGAGCUACUUGUGCGACCAUUUGGGUUUCGGACAGGCGGAAGCAGCUUCGUUCUUCAAAGACUUUGCGGAAGGUGAUGGAGUUUCCUUUGAAAGCUUCAAGAAGGGCUAUCCUCGAUUGAACCCAUUCCUGUUGAGCAAACGUCAAAAUGAAAUGCUGGUCCGAAAGUCUGGCUCGUUGAGUUCAUGUGGCCCUCAAAGUUUGCAAGUGGAGGAACUCGAUGACUGCGAGGUGUAUGUGUGUGAAGUGACCAAUACCAUUUUUGUUGACGAAUGCAAGCGGUGCGCUAUGCUUAUCGGUCCUUGCGAAACCUCCGUAUUCGUUCGGGACUGCUGCUGGGCUGCCUGA